AUGUGGUACAUGGACGCAGAUGAAGAGGAGGAUGGAGGCAAGGGAAUAGAAGAAGAGGAGGACGAGGACGAGGAUGAGGACGAGUUCUAUGAAGAGGAGACCGAGAGCGAGAUGGAAGGAGGCGAGGGAGCAAAUGGAACGAUGGGCGGGCGCAAUGGAGACCCUCACGGGGACGGCCUGCCGCACGCCUACCUGGAGAACUUCAUGCGAGCCGUCGAUCACGGACUCAGCCUCCUCGCGAUGGACUCUGAAUUCGGCGACUCGCUCAAGGCGGGUGCUCAGGUGUUCCCUCUUCUCAAGAACGUGAAGAAGCACCUGAAGCGAGUCAAGAAGGGCCUGAAGCAGCUGAAGCGCGGGGUGGACGAGAACAACCAAAACGUACUCACCGCCUCCCUCGGCCAACUCAGGAGCACUCUGCUCGAAGCGCGAACGCAGCUUCUCGAGAAAUACUCCACCCAAAAGGUGGAGAUGAGGUUGAAAGAGGAGGGCAAGGACUAUGAAAGCAAACGAAAAGAACUGGAAAAGAGCCGAUCAUACAAGCGCAUCCUGCGCAUGGCCCUGCGUUUCCUGCUGUGGUGGUGGAAGGCGACGCUCUUCUGUUCGAUGCUGUUCUUCACCGGCGCGUGCCUGCUCUACUGGGGCCGCAAGACCCGCUUCCACGGCCUCGUCACCCGCUACUACCGCGGCGUCCACUCCCUCCGGCGCUACCUCACCUCCGCCCUCUGGACCCGCUCCUACAUCCGCACCGCCGCCGCCGCCACCGCCGCCUCCGCCGCCGACCACCCAUCAUCGCUGCGGCCCGACCGCGGCCUGGGCGGCCUCUUCGACAUCGAAGCGCAGUCGCAGCGGCCGCUGACGGUGGGGCGGCUGAUGGACGGCGGGCUGGCGAUGGGGGAGAAGGGCAUGGUCGGGCUGGCCGACCGGGUGAGCGCCUUCAUCAGCCCGCGGACCAUAUUCAUGCUGUUCCUGCGGUGCCUGCUGCUCGGGCUGGCCUUUGCGUUCUACCAGGUGGUGGCGCGGGUGAAGCGGGAGAAGCGCGAGGUGCUGCGGUUCAUGCGCGACGUCGAGCAGAAGCUCAAGGCCGAGCGCGAGCGCGAGGCGCAGAAGGAGAAGGUGGAGAGCCGGCGCGAGGAGAUGGAGGAGCUCCAGAAGUUCCCCGACGAGCUCUUCAUGAAGAUCGCCAACCGCAUGUGGGAGGUCAUGAUGGAGAACGUCGAGAAGCUCAUCACCUCCUGUAACGAGCUCGGAACGGAGCGAAUUCUGAACGAGCUGACGGCUCCGGUGCCGGGCGUGACGUUCGUCUACAACGGGAUCACCUACUCCUACAACAUCAACGCGCGAGCCAACUUUGACAUCUACUUUGAGAACUGCAAGAACCACAUCCGCGGGGUGAUCUCGUCGUACGACAACCUGCUGGAGACGAUCAACUUCCGCAAGCAGCAGGAGAAGCUCACCAAGCAGUGCACGCGAUUCGACAAGGCCAACGGCGCGCUCGAGAGCGACGAGUGGAAGCCGGGCGGCGGCGGGAAGGCGGGCGGGUUCCUGGGCGACGAAGACGAGGAGGACGGCUACGGCAUCGUCAACAAGCACGAGCUCGGCGAUGAAGACGACGAAGACGACACCUUCAGCAUUUUCGGCUCUGGAGGAGGCAAGCAGUCGAAGAAGGGGAAGGGCAAGAACGAAGGGGAGGAGGACGGUGGGGAAGAUGACAUCUACGGGCGGGACGACAGUGACGACGACGGCGAUGAGGAGAACCAGCGAAGGCGACGGCGGCGAGGAGGACGCCAAGACGGGGCCAAUCUCAGGUAUGGGCCGUCGGGGGAGGUGCUGGACGACUACUACACGUACGACUACGCGAGCGAUCGAGAGUUUGACGCCGACGACGAGGAUGACGACGGCGGUGGCGGCGACACCUACGGCCAGGGCGCCGCCGGCGGGUCGGUCUACGGCGACUUCGAGGAGAUGGCCGACAUCCACUCCGACUACGAGCACAUGGACUGA